AUGAAUUCUGAAGUUGCAUCUGUCAUUAGGGAAUUCACCGAGCCAUUUAGACAAGAUGAUGAUUAUGAAGAUGAAGAAGAAGAAGCAGAGCAUAUGAACACGGUUAAUACCCAUCUUGUGCUGCUAGUUGCAGCUGCUGAUAACUCUGAAGGGUUGCCACCUACAAUUAGGCGUUGUUUCAGCCAUGAAACGAAAAUGGGAGGUUUGACCGAAGACCAGAGAGUGGAAAUGCUAUCCCAGUCACUUCACCUUAUCCCUAAAUUGGUUCCAGAUACUUUUGGUUUCAUGCCAAGGGAUAUUAGGGCUUUAGUUGCUGAUGCUAGUUCAAGUUUGAUUCCUAUUAAUGGCAGUAGCUUUGAGAAGUUGGGUGACAACAAAGAAUUCAUGGUCAAAGCUUUGGAGCGGUCAAAGAAAAGGAAUGCAUCGGCUUUGGGGAAUCCCAAGGUCGCUAAUGUUAAGUGGGAGGAUGUUGGUGAGCUGGAAGAUGUGAAAAAAUCUAUUCUUUAUACAGUUCAGCUCCCCUUUCUGCAUAAAGAUUUGUUUUCAUCUGGGCUACCCUCCAGGGCAGCUUUCAUGAAUGGGAACGCGUCAGCGGGGAGCAAUCCUAGCUGA